AAAGGAUUAAUGUUGCUCGCAGACCCUAAAUUGGUAAUAAAUCAGUAAGAAACAAAUAUUACACUCACUCAGUGAAAAGUGUCAUGUCUAAGCUCAGCAUGUAUUGGAGCCACACGUGGACAUCACUGCCUCCUCCUCUAAGAACAGAAAAUGAACAAACCCCAGGAACAAGUGUCAUUCAAAGAUGUGUGCGUGGACUUCACCCAGGAAGAGUGGUAUCUGCUGGAUUCUGCUCAGAAGAUACUAUACAGAGACAUGAUGCUGGAAAAUUACAGCCACCUUGUCUCAAUAGGGUAUUGCAUUACUAAGCCAGAAGUGAUCAUCAAGAUAGAGCAAGGAGAAGAGCCCUGGAUAUUAAAGCAAGGAUUCCCAAGCCAGUGCCACCCAGAAGACUGGAAAGUUGGUGACCUAAUAGAGAGCAGCCAAGAAAAUGAAGAUGGGCAUUUUUGGCAAUUUGCUGUCACCACCAAUAAAACAUUAAAUAUACAUGGUGGUGAUAGAGUAAGGAAAACUUUCAAUCUGGGUAAAGACUGUGUUCCUUCAAGAAAUGUUUCAUAUAAGAUAUGUGCCUCUUGUGAAAUGAGUUUGAAGAAUAUUUCAGACUUAAUUAUUAGUAGAAAGAACUAUUCUGGAACAAAACCUGAUACGUUUAAUUUAUAUGAGAAAUUGCUCCUUGAUAUUAGGCAUGAGAAAACUCCUACUGGAGGGAAAUCUUAUAACUAUGGUCAAAAAAGGAAUAUCUUUAGUCAUGGCCAGGAUCUCACUCAGCUAAUUUUCGACCAGCCUUCUGAGUAUAAUGAAAAUGGACAAGGCUUCCAAGAAGAGGCAGCCUUUUUCUCAAACAAGAGAGCUCAGAUAGGAGAGACACUCUGUGAAUAUAAUGAAUGUCAGAGAACUUUCAUCCAAAACUUAAAGCUCAGUUUAUCUCAGAGAACUCAUUUAGAAAGGGACCCAUAUGAAUGCAGUAUUUGUGGGAAUUCCUUCUAUGUGGAUUUAAGAUUGGGACACCAGAGAGCUCUUACCAGGGAGAAUCCUUAUGAAUAUAAUGAAUAUGAUCAAAUUUUCUGUGACAAUUCAACUUUUAUUAUUCAUCCGAGAACUUACACAGGAAAAAUUCCCCAUGAAUAUAAAGUAAGUCACAAAACGGGGCGGAAAUCAGCCCUCUUUAAACAUCAGAUAGUACAUAUGGGAGCAAUACCUUAUGAGCACAAGGAGAAUGGAAAUAAUUUCAGCAAGAAGUCACAUCUCACCCAACCUCGAAGAGCUCACUCAGGAGAAAAAAAUUUUGAAUGUGCUGAAUGUGGAAAAACAUUCUGGGAGAAGUCAAACCUCACUCAACAUCAGAGAACACACACAGGAGAGAAACCCUACGAAUGUGCUGAAUGUGGGAAAUCCUUUUGUCAGAAACCACACCUUACCAACCAUCAACGAACACAUACAGGAGAAAAACCUUAUGAAUGUAACCAGUGUGGAAAAACAUUCUGUGUGAAGUCAAACCUCACUGAACAUCACAGAACACACACAGGAGAGAAACCCUAUGAAUGUAACACAUGUGGAAAAUCCUUCUGCCACCGGUCAGCACUAACUGUACAUCAGAGAACACAUACAGGAGAGAAACCCUUCAUAUGUAAUGAAUGUGGGAAAUCCUUUUGUGUGAAGUCAAACCUCAUUGUACAUCAAAGAACUCACACAGGAGAGAAACCGUAUCAAUGUAAUGAGUGUGGGAAAACCUUCUGUGAGAAAUCAGCUCUUACUAAGCAUCUCAGAACUCACACAGGGGAGAAACCCUAUGAGUGUAAUGGAUGUGGGAAAACCUUUAGUCAGAGAUCAGUACUCACUAAACAUCAGAGAAUUCACACAAGGGUGAAAGCUCUUUCCACAUCCUGAAUGUUCAGAAAUCUUUGUCUACCCUUUCAAAUUCAUUAUUCAGUUUUUAAAAAUAAGAUCAAUGAAACCCAAAGAACAUCACAAGUUACUCAAAAGUUAUGUCUUAUUGCACUUCAGAUAAUUAAUAUUAGAAUAAAACCUUAUUAAUGUUUUAAAUAUGUGGAAGCUUUUACGAAAAAAUAAACUUUUGUCAGAAAAUUUGUACUUAGGAAAAAUUUGUUCAUUUAAGUUAUAUGGUAAAAAUCUUUGUAGAGAAUUUAUGUUGUCUUGUAUCAUAUUCCAAAUGUGAUACCAAAACUUUAUUGUAAAUAUAAUGUGUGAUACUCACUUAUACUGAUAUUCACAGUAUAAUUUGAAGCUUAAAAAAUGUUGAAUGACAAUAGCAUUAAACAUUCAUGUGAAGAAUCCCUAAUGUGUUCAGGCCUAUGUAAGUAUUCUAACAUGAUAGAAAUUUGAGGUAUGUUUGAUUUAUAUAUUAGAGCCCAACAUUAAUUGUGAAGAGAAAGUAUGAACACUUGGUUAAACAACUAUUGUGAUCUACAUUAAUAUUUCCCACACUAAAUACCACCAGUAUCUUUGUAGGUUGACAUAAUUGCAUAUGUACAUGUAAAUAUAUUUAUACACACAUAUAGUGAUGUGCUAGAUUAAGUUCAUACUGGCUUGGAAGUACUGCUGAUUUAAAUUUUCAGGAAUUUUGCAAGCCAGUUGUUAAACACAGUCAUUUAAAAAUUAAAUUACAUAAAAUUAUAAUUAAAUUAUAUUAAAAACAAAGGUAAUAAAUACUCAACACAUUACUUCCUAAUUAUUUUAUAAUAUUUUGCUAUUUGUUCUUUAGGUUACUUAUAUUUUUGAGUCUGCAUGGAGAGAAUACUGAGUAAUGGUGUGCAGCUGCACAUCUCUUUCCAUCUCUACAUUCAGUGCCAUCAUGUUGGUAGCUUGGCUUAGUGUGAGUAUUUACACAAUGGAAAUUGGCAAACUCUACAUAUUAGAGUUAUUUUCUUAGAUAACCUAUUGUCAAGUAUUUAGCAGCACACCACUAUAGAUAUAAGAAAAUAUAUUUGGAAGAGUUAAAGUGAAAACCACAUACCUUUUCUCCUAUUUCCUGACAUAAAUACAUGGCUAUUGUCAUUGCUGAACUGCCUCUUCAAUAAAGAAGACAAAAUAUGUUUCUGUGAGGUUUUUAACCACCUCUGCAUCAUUUCUAUUCUUAAUACUACCAAGUCUCUUUAGAGUACGGCCAGUAUAUGUUAUCUUACAGCCACGUCACCUACCUCUCCUCAUAGAUGAAUGAGUACUGCCAUUAUUAUUGAACUACUCCCAUUAAAAAACCAAACAUUUUUUUCUGAGUUUUUUUAAGCAGCCUCUCAGUCAAUACUGUAAAUUCUGUUAAUAGUGAUACAUAAAUUCCACAAAGAUUAAUAUUAGUUAUAAACAGUAAUAUUGCACUGUACAAAUAAAAAAAUAGUUGUAUGUAAUGAAA